UAGUUUAUUAUAAUUAGACAAUCGACCAAUAACAUGAUCAAAAAUGGCGUUAAUGUUGAAGACACGAGUCGUAAAUAACCGAGGUAGGCACAUGGGAUGUGCCAUUCAUUAUUUUCAUUAUUUUCGUGUAUGGGAGACAGUAUACUACCCCUAACCCGGCUCGUGCUCAUACUAUAAAGAAGAGGCAUGAUCACCAAAAAGAGACUUUUCGUUGGUUCUAUGUUAUUUAUAGGCUUCCUUGUCUUAUGGAGUGUGAAACACGGAAAUAUUAUAACGACAAUGAUGGACCAAGCAAACAUGGCAAUACAUUCUUUUACAAUGCCUGCACCGGGACAGUAUAAUUUGUCCAAUGAAUUGAACUCAGUUCUUCAAGCCUGUGGACAACUUUGUAAUACAUCAAGAAAAGGAUUACCAGGACCGUAUUUUGAUCAUAUACUUGCCCCAAUAGAUUGUAAUGCAAUCUUAAAGAAUGAAUAUGUAGAUCGGGGCCACGGACUACCUCUCGCACCGGCAACAAUUCCAAUAGAACUUAUGAAUGAAUAUUCAAUGAAUAAUCGUAUUCCAGUGCGGUAUUGGCACUUAAACAGCCAAUAUUUAGGUAAAAAAGCGUCAAGUCCUGUGUGGACAGUAAAAGCUAUCGAAGACUUGAUCAUUGAAGCUAAAGAAGGGAAACUAAAAGGAAAUUACGGUGAAGAAGAAACAAAUGCUCUUAGAGAUGGAUUAAAACAUGCACCAGGGGUUAAAGACGGCAGAGUUAUGGUAAUAGGUUCAGAAUUCCCAUGGGUCGAGGCAUGCGUACUUGAAGCAGGAGCACGUGAAGUUGUGACAUUAGAGUAUGGCAGUAUCAUAUCUGAACAUCCAAAAGUGAAAACUAUGAUCCCACUGGAUUUUCGUAUGCGUUAUCUUAACAAUACUUUAGGAACAUUUGAUGCCAUUGUUUCGUUCAGUUCCUUAGAACACUCGGGAUUAGGGAGAUAUGGGGACGCUUUGAAUCCCUGGGGUGAUAUUAUUGCUGUUGCACGCGCCUGGUGUGUGACUAAACCUGGAGGUUCACUAACUAUAGGUGUGCAGUAUGAUUAUAAUCAUGAGUAUCUCCAUUUUAAUGCUGACAGAGUGUAUGGUAAAAAAAGAUAUCCAUAUUUAACUUCAAAUUGGAAACAAUUCUACAGGGGAAUAGGCAAACAACGCGUCCAUGUUUUCACGAAAUAACAAUAAAAUCUUGUUUUCGACAGUAUCCACAUUUUCAGACGACGAGAAUGUUUUAAGGAAGAGAGUUACAUUUUUACAUGAAAUGGGUAAUUUGAAUUGGAAUCAGUUGUCUCCGGGUUCGUCAGCUUUUAAUGGUCAGGUGCCGAAUUAGAUUGUUUACAAAUAUUACUUUUAUCAGUUGAAAGAAGAAGACGUUAGCAGAUGAAAUUGAAGCAAGCACAACUUUGACAAACAAAGAAACAUAUAUUUAUAUUUUGUAUUCAACCACGGUCCAAAUAAUGUGAAUGUUAACAACCAUACGAACUUCAAUAAUGAGCAAAACCCAUACCAUAUGAUCAUAAUUUUUUAUGUAGUUAUGUUUUACUUUAUCAAACACAAAAUAAAGGUUAGAACUGAUAAAAUAAUAUUCAAAGAUCGUAUUUUAUAAUAACUGAGGUGAGUAGCUUUAAGAAUUAGUUUAUUUUGAUCGAGGAUCAAUCAGUAUUGACUGUAUCUAAAUUAUGAACUCUAUAAACAACAUCACCGUAGUCAGUAGAAUACGAGGCCCCGUUUUUUAUGAGAAUUCUACGGGAUCUUUGUAGAAGACGUAAUUAAAGUUUUAAGUUAUCAAUACAAACGAAAUCCAUGACUUGAUAACCAUUGAAGGGGUUGCUCUAAAGAAAUGAGCAUGUUUUACACUUUAUUGUAAUUCUGUUGGUAAUCUUUUUAUUAUAAAGGAUAUAUUUUUUAAAGAGCAGUUUAAUAUGUUUGAUAUGAUAAGUAUUAUUUUUGACAAUCGAGACCUUACGAUGUAGACUAUUAUAACAGAUCUGCUUUCAACAUCAAAUGUUUUCAGAUGUCAGCAACAUUAAACAUAUGGAAACAAGGAGCUCUUUUAAAGAUUGCACUCCUUGUCGACUGGCAGUGGUCAUAGCAGAUUGCGUUUGGCUUUGAUCAUUUAUUAUCCAUAUGUUGUACCAUAUCAAACAAAAAACAUUGUCAACUUUUUUAUACUGUAAGAUUUGAUAAAUAAAUAUUUUUGAAGAAGAAA